ACCCAUCCCGACUGGCCUGGGCACCAGGCGGCGGUUGGAGAAAGCCCCGGAGGGCAGCGCGAGGGGUGAAGAGGGGAGGGGGGCGGGGGCGAAAGGCGUCGAGCGGAGCGCGCGUGCGACGGCGUCCGCGAGCGGAGCCUGGAGUGACUGACCGACCGACCGACCGACCGCCUGCCAGCCUGCCUUGGGGGGGGAGGGGUAGCCUGCGAACAGCAUGGCGGCUGGGCGCGAGCCGCCGCCGCCGCCUCCUCGUCAUCAUCAUCUCCCUCGGUUCCCUGCCAGCCCCUUGGCCACCGCCGCUCGAGCGUCGAGGCCCACCGACCUUCUUCUCCCUCUGCCCCGCUGACUGACAGAAGAGGGAAAAAAAGAGAUACAGAGGGAAGGAAGGAAGGAAAGAAGCCUCGCCCUACCCGGCCCAUCUCGGCCAUGGAGCUCGCCAAGCCGGUUUUCCCCGCGCUGCCGCAGCCCAAGGAGGACUCCGAGGAUUGGACGUAUCCAAUGAGAAGAGAGAUGCAGGAAAUUUUACCUGGCUUAUUCUUAGGCCCAUACUCUUCAGCUAUGAAAAGCAAGCUACCUACGCUUCAGAAACAUGGCAUCACUCAUGUAAUAUGCAUAAGACAAAACAUUGAAGCAAACUUUAUUAAACCAAACUUCCAGCAGUUAUUUAGGUAUUUGGUCUUGGAUAUUGCUGAUAAUCCCAUUGAAAAUAUUAUAAGGUUUUUCCCAAUGACUAAGGAGUUUAUUGAUGGGAGUUUACAAACGGGAGGAAAAGUUCUUGUGCAUGGGAACGCAGGGAUUUCUAGAAGUGCUGCUUUAGUUAUUGCAUAUAUUAUGGAAACAUUUGGUGUGAAGUACAGGGAUGCAUUUACAUAUGUGCAAGAAAGGAGGUUUUGUAUUAAUCCCAAUGCUGGAUUUGUUCAUCAACUUCAGGAAUAUGAAGCCAUCUAUCUAGCAAAGUUAACUAUCCAGAUGAUGUCACCUCGGCAGCUGGAGCGAUCACUCUCAGUAACUACAGGAAGUCUGAAACGAACACAUGAAGAAGAGGAGGAAGAAAGCAGUGUACAAGCAGCAGCUCAGAAUGGUUGACAGCUGAAGAUACCUGGACUUGAUUGUUGGGCGUUUUAUAGCAGCUUCUAAUCUUGACGAGAACAACCAGAUAUGAAUUUUAAAAUGGAAGAUGAUUCUAACUUCCUUAUGCAAACCUGUUCCUUCAGUAGCAUACAAGGCAACAUUUUUAAGGUAUUAGAUUCCUUGACUGACUAGAAGGCACUGAUUGUUUUAUUGGUUUUUUUUUACACUUUAUGGUUUUACCCUUGCCCCAAAGUUUUGGACUUACAAAGAGGUAUUAUUGCAAUAAUGCACUUUUCAUACUUGAAAUUUAUUUGUAUUGAUAAAAUUAUUACUUAAGCAAAACAUGUGUUGGGAGAUUAUUAUUUAUAUCAUUUUAUGUAAUUUAUAAGAAGAGUAAAAAGAAAAAAAUACUUAAAUUAACCAUGGAUUGUAUUUUCCAUUUUCCAAAUUUAGGCUUUAGGCAGAAGAAAAUAAUUAAGCUGCUGUGAUUAUCUUGAAAUAAAAAUAAUAGGGAUCAUUAUCACUGAUAUACUAAAAUAGAAAACAAAUAUUUUCUUUCGAAUAAAGAAAAUAUAUUUUUGUCUACACUUGGCUUCCAGACGAAAGGCAAGAGUCCAUUGUAAGACAAUUUUUCUAGUAUGAAUCAACAAAAUAUUCAAGUAGGCAAAUAUCGAUAUGAUUAUUGACCCUUCAAGCUAGACACAAUCAUAUAUUUUUUUCAAUAUUUCAUCCUGUUUUUCAUCCCUAAUAUUUCCGGGUCAUUAUAGUUGCUAGUGAAGCAUCCUUCAGAACUCUCUUGAUGAAUGCCAAACUGCAAAGAUCUGAAUCAAGUAAUCAGCAAUAUUUUUAGAUACAAUUGAAAGCAGUGGGCUUUUAGAAAAAACAUCUGGUGUCUGUUAAUUUACAUUUUAAUUCCAUACAACCUUUAAGAUCAAUGGAGCACCUAUCUACAUCCAUUCAGCCCAAACUGAAAUGUUUCGAUGCAUUGUUUGAAGUUUUAAAAAAGGCUAGUAUUGCUUUCCCUUUUCUGUCUGUUUAGCAAAUGAGUUGCAGACGUUUGCAGGGGGGGGGGGGAACCCUUAAAAGAAUGCUUCCCAUUUUCUUUCAUCACCCAAAGCCACUUAUCAGAAAGUCUUACUGAAUUUCAAAGAUUGUAUGCCCUUUCCUUCAGUGCUAUUAUAACUUCAAAUGUUCACUGAAAGAUUGUAACUUGUGAACUACCUAUAUUAUAAAAACAAUGACAAUUUUA